CAAUUGUCUCUCGGAACCACCGCAACGCAUCGUUCCAUACCUAUCCACGUCCAUCCCCCAGCAAGCCACACACCUGCACCACCACCACCAUUGCGAUCAUGAGCAGCACGCGCUCUCAAUAAUUGAAUCAUCAUAUUAAACAGCAACACCCCACCCCACACACACACACGCCCGCCCGCCCCACCACACCACACCACCGCCGCCUCGGGCACCCACCACUACCACAAUGCCCGAAAUCUACACCGAGCUCACCCCGGCGACGUCGGUCACGCACUCCCUCACCCUCCCCUUUACCUCGCCGACGGCCUCGAACCUCCUAAUCGCGAAAACCAACAUCCUGCAAAUCUUCACGACGACCAGCGUGCCCACGGAGCUGACAUUGGCGCCGUCGACGCCCGACGCGGCGGCAGCGGCGGGGGCGGGGGGCGGGAUCGACCGGCGCGACGAAGAGCAAGGCGACUUCUCGGCAGAGCUGACGCUGCAGCGGAGCCAAGUCGAGGAUGUGGCGAAGCUGGUGCUGGUGGCGGAGUUCACGCUCGCGGGUGAGAUCGCGGGCAUGGUCCGCGUCACCCCCGCCGAGCGGUCUCGCGGCAACGCCGCGGGCGAUAUGCUCCUCGUAGCCGUCAGGGACGCGAAGUUGAGUCUGCUGCUGUGGAACAAGGAGAGGUUCGCCGUCGAGACGGUUAGUCUGCAUUAUUAUGAGAGGGACGAGUUUGCGAGCCCCGUGGUGGGCGAGGGCUUGCCGAGUCAGCUCGUCGCGGAUCCGGGGAUGAGGGCGGUUGCGUUGAGGUUCGCCGGGGAUAUGUUGGCUGUGCUGCCGGUGAGGCAGGAUGGUGAGGAUGAGGAGAUGCUGGAUGGGUCUGAGGGAGAGGAGGAGGAGGAGGAGGAGCCCCUCGAGGAUGAUGUGGUUAUGGCGGAGAGCGGCGUGAUGGAUGAUACCGAGGACUGGGAUCCCACUGCGCCGGAUGAGCCGGAGAAUGGCGGGAGGAAGCCGGAGAUGUCGAGGGGAAAGAAGAAGAAGGAGAAAGCCGAUAAGAUGGAUCUGCCGUUUCUGCCGAGUUUUGUGGUCAACGCCUCACAGUUGGAUGAUGCGAUCAGCCAUGUGCUGUCAUUGACUUUCCUACACGAGUAUCGUGAACCGACACUUGGAAUCCUCUACUCGCCGAGGUGGACGUGGACAGGGUGGCUGGAGCAGCGGAAAGAUACCACCUGCUACAUCGUCAUCACCUUGGACCUGGAUCAAAAGGCAUCGACUCCCAUUAUCAGCGUUCAGGGACUGCCAUACGAUCUGUUUAAAGUAGUACCGCUCACGCCACCGAUCGGCGGAAGUUUGUUGCUCGGUGCGAACGAACUCAUCCACGUCGACCAGGCCGGAAAAUCCACCGGAGUAGCAGUGAACCAGUUCGCAAAGCGAACAACCAACUUCGCCGGGCUGGCAGAUCAGAGCGAUCUCUGCCUCGCGCUUGAAGGCUCAACGAUAGUGGAGCUGGACGGCGAAGGAGGCGAUCUCCUCCUCAUCACGAAAGAGGGCACAGCUGUCAUUGUUGGUUUCCGCAUGGACGGUAGAAACGUCUCGGGCGUGAAGGUUACAAAGAUUGCAAACCAUCCGGGACCGCUCGUUGGUGGGCUGGCUACUACUGCAACGUCACUAGGCGGGCGGAGGCUAUUCGUGGGUUGCGAUGAGGGCGACGCGAGAAUACUGAAAUGGCGGCGGAAAGGAGAAAAGAAGAAGGCGAUCAUGCCGGGCCUAGACGAGGGGCUGGAGGAGCACGAGGUCGAGGAUAUCUACAAUAUGCUGGACGAUGUCGAUGACGACCUCUAUGGCGGCAGCUCGACGGACUUGAGUGGUGCGAGGAAGGACAACACAUUUACGGAUGCAAAAGUCGGUGAUCACAGGGCAACGGGUGAGUAUGUGUUUCAGACGCACGAUCGGAUCGUCAAUCUGGGUCCCUUCAGAAGCAUUUCCAUGGGACGCCCAACAUUCCCGCUUGAUUCCUUGGAGAAGCAGAGGGGCGUGGUACCGGAAUUGGAAAUCAUCGCCACAUCGGGACCUACAAAUACUCCCGAAGACGCUGGAUUAUCACUGAUACGUCGCUCCGUUGCUCCCACCAUCAUCGGACACUUUGCUUUUCCGGCGUGCAGGGGCUUAUGGACCGUCAGAGCUAAGAGCCUGAAGGCACCAAGCCCCACGGAAGCAGCAACAGGACAGGAAGGUCUAACGCCAAACGUGGACGAAGAGUACGACCGGUACCUCUUCGUCUCCAAGGCAAGUGAUAGUCAAGUAUUCAAGGUCGGAGAUGCGUUUGAGGAGCUUCACGGAUCAGAUUUUGAUUCAGACGGGGCUACGCUGGAAGUGGGAGUGCUUGGAGAGGGGGCGCGGAUCGUGCGCGUUGUCAGUCAGCAGGUUAUUGUUUAUGAUUGCGAUAUGCAGCUCUCCCAGAUUGUGCCGAUGGAUGAAGAGGAGACUGGUGAAGAGGGCCCUGCAAUUACCAGUGCCAAGAUCCUGGACCCGUAUGUGAUAUUGCUGAGAGUCGACGGUAGUGUGCUGGUGUACAAGCUGGAUAAGAGCAUGGAGCUCGCCGAGGAGGAGAGGGAAGGCAUCAAGGGCACCAAAUACAAGUCUGGAUGUCUCUACAAGGCUCGGGCGGGAGAGCUGCUCCCAGCAACGGAAGCGAGAGAUACAGAUUAUAUUCUCACCCUUUUGACCGAAGAUCAGACAUUACAGAUCUUCAACCUCCUGGAUUUAAACACGCCUAUAUUCACAGCAGGGCACUUCAGUACACUACCUCCACUGCUGAAGCAGCAAACACAAUCAGCACCCACCUCACCAAAGACAACCACCGCCUCUGCCGCCGCGUCGGCAACAGAAGACAUCGCCGAGGCCCUGCUCGCCGAUCUGGGUGACCAUGCAUCCCGGGAACCAUAUCUCAUCGUCCGCAGUUCGCAAGACGACAUCACAUUCUACAAAGCCUUCCUCACUCCGACCUCCCUUGCAUUCACCAAAACCGCCAAUCCCAUCAUUUCCACACCCAGGCUAAACCUGGCAGAAACACCGCUUUUCCGCCCGAUGGUGGCUAUGGAAAAUGUCGGCGGCUACGCUUGUGUCUUCCUUCCCGGCGUGGACCCAGCAUUCAUCAUGAAGACGGCAAAAAGCAUACCGCGUCUGCAUCGUCUCGCGGGCACUGCAGUCCGUGCGAUAUCAUCGUUCCACACGGCGAGUGCAGACCGCGGAUUCGUCUACGUCGAUGUGGCAGGCGGCGUCAGAGUCGCCUUACUCCCACAGGACUGGAACUUCGACAACCCCUUCCAUGCAAAGAAGAUCUAUCUUGGCGAGUCUCUGCGUGCCGUAGCCUGGUACGAUCCGAUGAGCGUGUGCAUAGCAGCGACCACGAAGCGGGUCCCCUUCAGCAUAGAAGAGGACGACGGGGCAGCCACGCCCGACGACUCACAACUAAAACCCACUAUCGACUCGGGCGCAGUCGUAAUUAUCUCGCCGCUGACAUGGACAGUAGUGGAUCGGUAUCCCUUCGCACACAAUGAGGUGGCGCUGAUAGUGCAGACCAUCUCCCUCGAGGUAUCGGAGCACACCAAGGAGCGCCGCCAGCUCGUCACUGUAGGAACAGGAAUCUUUAGAGGAGAAGACCACUCUGCGCGCGGCGGGAUCUAUGUCUUUGAGGUGAUCGAGGUCGUUCCGGAGCCUGGAAAACCAGAGACCAACAGAAAACUCAAGCUUGUCACCAGAGAGGAGGUUAAGGGCACCGUCUCUGCGCUCUGCGGCGUGAACGGCUAUCUCCUAGCCGCGCAAGGCCAGAAAAUCAUGGUCCGCGGACUCAAGGAAGAUCAAUCACUGCUGCCGGUGGCGUUCAUGGACAUGAACUGCUACGUCACAGUCGCGAAGAACUUUGGCGGACUCGUGCUCUUUGGAGACUUUGCCAAGAGUGUCUGGUUCACUGGGUUCUCCGAAGAGCCGUACAAGAUGACGCUGUUUGGGAAGGACACGCAGGAGAUCCGCGUCGUUGCCGCGGACUUCUUGCCGGAUGGCCGCCAGCUGUUUUUUGUCGUCGCGGACGCGAACGGAGACGUCCACGUGCUGCAGUACGAUCCUGAACAUCCGAAAUCCCUCGCGGGCCAACGCCUAAUCCACCGCUGCGCCUUCCACUCCCCGCACGAGAUCCUCUCCCUCACCCUCCUCCCGCGGACGCCGACCACGCCCUCCGCCGCAUCGGAGGAGCAGUACCUGCUGCUUGCAGCCACCCGCACCGGCGCGCUCGCGCUCAUCACCACAGUCCCGGAGAACUCCUACCGGCGGCUGAACCAGCUACAGAACCAAGUCGUAGUGGGCGAGGAGCACGUUGCGGGGCUGAAUCCGAAGGCGUUCCGUCACGUCCCUACGGGCACGGGAGAGUUUCUGCGCGGAGUCCUCGAUAGGGGGCUGCUGGAGAGGUGGGUCGGUAUGCAGACUGGGAAGAAGCGCGAGGUGGCGGAGCGCGCGGGACUGGAGGUCGAUGCGGCGAGGGAGUGGGUUAGGAGUGUCGGAGAGGGCGCGUUGACGUACUUGUAGGUUGUAGGGUUGGAAGUUGUUGAUGGGGGGUGAGGGGGUGGGAGGAUACCAUUGGAGGGAGG